ACCAAAAUCAAAACCAGUUAGCUGACGACACAAGCGAACAAGGAGCUUGUUCCACUGAACCGAAAGCAUUCUUACAAAGAAGCCUUUUUAUGGAAUGGUUCACUUCCUCAUCAAAAGCCUUUGGACUUUACACUUUUCCGAGCACAUCCACCAAACACUACACUGCCUUAAUUACCCUCGUUGUUUGGCUUCCAGGACACUCCUUCACGAGUCACGACACGCUUGCUUCUUCUUUAUGACUUUAAUCCUUAACAUUCUUUGCACAGGGAGCAGUGAGGAAGGCAGAGUCCAAAAAAGCCCAGAAAACCCGACAGUCGUCAGAGAAACACUGAAAGAGGACCAAUGAUGAAGCUUACAAGGCUGCUCACUGCCUGCAUUCUCGCUGAGAUGUCACUUGCACUCCAAGCGUUGGUGAUGGUCAACAACGUUACAGCCGAGUGCGGCGAGCAGGUUGCACUGAGCUGCAACGUGUCACGGAAGGACGGGCUGUCAGUCAAGCAUAUGGAGUGGUCCCAAAACCGCAAGCUUUUGUGUCGACUGGACAGCAAGGGGAAUUUGAGCCACCAUCGAAGCAUACGAAGCGACUUCCGCUGCGAGUACGAUGAAGGCCAGCUGAAGCUCAUCUUUGCAAAAGUGCAGCCGCAGGAUAGCGGCGUCACAAACCGCUACAUGUGCAAACUGCACUCCAACAUGGGGAUUUCACACGGCUACAGCUGGAUAGAGCUGCAAGAGUGCUGCGGGGCGGUCAAAGGUGUUCUGUCCAAGGACGGCCCGGUAUGCACAUUCAGCGACGUCUACCCGGAUGCGGAUGUGUUCUGGUCUUCCCACAAUGAGCCUCCAACGCCCGGGAAGCAGAAAAUGUUCAAAAGUACGGAGGAAGGCGGCUGGUUGAGCAUCCGCAGUCAGCUGGAAUGGACUCCGAACGGGGCCUUCAACUGUUCCCUGAGGAGCAUCACAUCUGGAAAAGACAUUGCAUGCAAUUUGUCAGAGAAUACCAACUUCCUAGACGGGUAUGAACGUAGAUCGCAAGGUCGAGUCGGCAAUGGAGCGGGAUGCCUUGAACCUUUAUGGACAGUUGUGCUUGUUUCAACCAUACUGCAUACUAGAAAUUAUGGAUUUUCCUAAAUAAUUCUAUUUGUGGGAGGACAUUCGAGCAAAGCUAUUUGCUUUGUUGCAAUGAGGUACUGGGAUGUUGGCGAUAAAGAGCCAAGGAGCCUUGCUUGCAGUCAAAUGAAAUGAAUCAACGUUCAUGCUCCAGAGCUUUCUAAUUGUGCUUCUACUUCCUGCCGGAGCUCAGCCAUGGAAAUAACGGACUGUGGAGGAGCGAUAACAAGGCAGCAGAUCCUCAGCAUGCCCUGGGAGGACACCUUUCAUUUUCUCCUCAAAGAUAUUGGAGCUUGGCAUAGUUUUGUUUCCACAACAAUAAUCCUUCAAGUGACAUGAGGAGUAUCUUCUCUAUCUUCUAACAAGAAGUUGACAAUAUAUAUUAGGUAAUAUUGAAAUGUUUUUUUGUCACUUGAGUUUUUUUUUCACCAUUUGAGUGAAAUAUCAAAAGACUGGCAACAAAAAUAUGCCAGUCGUUUGUAGAAAUAUGCUGCCCUCCAGUGCAAUACUUGGGUACUGCAGCCAUGCAAAAUAUAGGACUCCAAUUCUCCCGUCCAAAGGCAAAACCUAGUAACUCACUUCUAGCUGAUUUUGAGAAAACAAAGGAAAGCCAAUCUAUCUUGAUGCUGUCUUACAAAGAUCUACAAAGUCAUCAAACGUAUAGAUGUUUUCUUGCGCUUUCAUUUUCUUGCCGAUUGAGCCAUGGAUUGAAUCUGCUCUCAUGAACGUGUGCCCUUUCUCCAGAUAUUUUAUCACAAUCUCGGGUGGGCCCCAUUCUGCGUUUGCACAUUGGGCAAGAGCCGUGUACAGCAUCCAGUUUUUAUUUGGACCUCCACAGUUAUCUGCCCAAAAGAGUAUGCAAGGGGAAGAAUCAAGAACAAUACAUGUAAUGAAGGUGCUUGCAACGUCCUGGACCAAUCUUCCAAAUAUCCCCUCGUGCCAUAAUAUCACAUAAUCAGGUUGACCGUCGGCCCCCAUCCGUGCAAAUGUCUCAUUAAAGACAAUAAGGCGACUGACAAAGAAGCUCCGAUUGGUCCCUUGAGAUACUAGGUUUUUCUGUUGUAUCCACGCAGUUAUGUGGUAGUUGCUAGGUCCUGCCAUGCGCGUAACAGCUUACUUACGGAACAAAUUACAAUAUCGCAUACACUAAUGUAAAGCAUAUCACCUAGGAACUCCAAAAUUAUUAUCAGCUCAGUUUUGACCAAAAUUGAGUUACUGGGUUUUGCCUUUGGACGGGAGAAUUGGAGCAAGCUGAUUUCCAUGAUGUUAAAAGCUAGAGCGAAUUGAUUCUGUAGUACUUGCAGUGGGAAGGUAAACAGUCUGGCAGUCUAAAAAUACCAAAAAUAUUAUUGAUAAAAUUAGUUUUUUGGGAGUAGACAGAAGUCCUAAUCAUAUCCUAUUUCAGGCCGGGGCAAUUAUUUUGACUCGGGGGGCCACAUUUAGAGAAAAAAAAUGUGUCUGGGGGCCGGUAUAUCUAUUUUUAAGAACACUAAUACAAGACCUCACAAUAACGUCUGAUUGAAUGCUAAAAACGUUAUGACAGACCGCCUUAAAAAACGUAAUGGAAUUUUACAUUUUUCUAUGAAGGAUAAAACACUGAAUAAUGACAAAAUAUGAACGGCACAACCCCUCUUCGAUCGAGACAUUUUACAAUCAAGUGAAACGCAACAAACAGUACAAUAUGAACAUGAAGGAUACAAAAUAAACCCACCUACAAUCUGAUAUAUCACUAAGCUUUAGAACUUUGUUGUGAAAGUCUCCUGUUACUGUGGAAACGCUUCCCGCCCACACUGCUUGGUGCCUCCUCUGAGCUGCUGUGACGUAGAUUACCAUAGUAACUAACUAGAUUACGAUAGUAACUAAUUAGAUUACCACAGUAACUGGUAUAACAUGCAAAAGCGCAGAUUCCAACCAUUGAAAUACUUUGUAUAGUUCAAGACUUUCGGUCAUUAGCAAACAUGACUGCACAUCAUAAUGGCAGCUACACUUUCCAUCUUAAAGAUUUAAAAAGAUUAUUUGGGAAUGUCCGGCGAGCCAUAUUGAAAAGCUUAACGGUCCGCAUGUGGCCCCCGGGCCUUAAUUUGCCCAGGUCGGUCCUAUUCUCACUAAGCCACACCUUGUCAUAUGUCACAUUGUCUAUAUGUUUGAUUACCAAGGUGUGUCAAUAUGCAAUAAUUGAUCAUUGAGUAUUUUUUUGCUCUCAAAACUAUUAAAAAUCUUGCAAAGUUGUCUUAUUCUGUGUCUGACAAACUAGUGGUCGUGAUCCCAAAAUGCGGAGGGACGGCAGGAAGUAACGUGCAGGUAGGAAGGGUCUGCUUUCCUUAAAGCAGCACUAAGUAACUUUUCAACUUGCAUUAAGUAUUUUCUUAAAUUUUGGGAUGAUACAUGGACUUUCUGAGGGUGGCAUUAGGGACAUGGAGGGUGGCAGGAACCCUACAAAUGUGCUUUUUAUGUCAAGUACGCUUUUGAAAUGUUGAAAUCACCCCCAAACUGCCAAACGGUUUCUUCUAAAAAGUAUUUGAAUGUACUUUAAUAUGAUGUAUGUAAUACUACCCACAGUAUUGUAAUCAUUAACGCAAAGCAAAGAUGUGUCAAUAUCAAAAUAUUACUUUGAAUCAGUUUAUGGCAAUCACCAUACGGUCAUUUGCGGUUGAUUUCAACUUUAUAGACCAGUGGUUGUCAACUUUUUUUCAGUGAUGAACCGCCUGUGAACAUUUUUUUAACUCAAGUACCCUCUAAUAUGAGCAAACAUUUUUUUGGUUGAAAAAAAGAGAUAAAGAAGUAAAAUACA